ACCUCAAACGAAAGCCGGUGACGGGGAUCAGCUGUAAAUGAGGAGCAGUGGGAGAGCACAGUUCAGUUAGUGGAGAGAGGCAGCCAGACGGCAGGAAGGCGCACAGCUCUUAGGAGCCAAAACAUUUCUCUUAGUGUUGGGGAUCCCGCCAUUCGACAGCCAGGAUGGCUCGGGAUAUGUCGGAUAAGGAAAUCUUGAAAAUGGAACUGGAGCAAUUGAAAAAGGAAGUGAGCACACCAAGAACAGCAGUGAGUGCAAAUUGUGCUGACACAAUUGCUUACGUUGAAGGACUCUUGCCAAACGAUCCGCUGAUUAAGGGAGUUCCAGAUGACAAGAACCCUUACAAGGGAGACAAAGGAGGCUGCUCUAUAACAUAACACACAAUCAUCCAAGGAAGAAUUUCUUUCUGUCAGAGUUGGUUUCUUUGUAGUGUUUAUUUUUUUUUUCUGAUUUAAAUGUACAAAUGAAAGAAACAGAAGGUGUGUAUCAGUGUUUCUAUCAGCACUGUAGUUGUCAGCGUGACAGUGGGUUAAUUUGUAAAUAAAUAAAAAUAGAUUUAAAUAUC